AUGUAUGUUCCAGACCUACCAAAUGAACGGGAGCAUCCACGAGUACUCAUUCCUGAGUUAUGUCGACUCUUCUACCAGCUGGGAUGGGUGACAGGGACGGGUGGAGGGAUCAGUUUGAAACGAGGAGAUCAGAUCUACAUUGCUCCAUCAGGAGUCCAGAAAGAAAGAAUUCAGCCAGAGGACAUGUUUGUGUGUGACAUGGAAGAAAGGGACAUCAGCUGUCCACCUGCCUGGAAGAAGUUGAAAAAGAGCCAGUGUACACCACUUUUUAUGAACGCUUAUACUAUGAGAGGGGCACAGGCAGUUAUACACACCCACUCCAAGGCUGCUGUCAUGGCAACACUGCUGUAUCCUGGCAAAGAAUUCAGGAUAACACACCAAGAGAUGAUCAAGGGGAUACGUAAGGGCACCUCAGGCACCAACUAUCGGUAUGAUGAUACUUUGGUGGUGCCUAUUGUUGAAAAUACUCCAGAGGAGAGGGACUUAAAAGACAGGAUGGCUCGAGCAAUGGAGGAAUACCCAGAUUCAUGUGCAGUCCUAGUCCGCCGACAUGGUGUUUAUGUCUGGGGCGAGUCAUGGGAAAAAGCCAAAACCAUGUGCGAAUGCUAUGAUUACCUGUUUGAUAUUGCCGUCCAGAUGAAGAAUUGUGGACUGGAUCCCUCAUCGGUUCCAUUGGAAUUCGUAAGAAUAGUUUGACAUUUGCCACUGCUUUUUAUAGCAACAUUUGUUGCACAGUGCUCAAUGGAAGUCAGUCCGGGGAGCAGAUUAUAAUCAUUUGCCUUUCAGGCUGGGCUGCUUCACAUUUGAUGAAAUUUGAUGGUGAAGGUAAAUGUAAGAUAGAAGGAGACUGAAUGCCAGUGAUCUGGAAGCACCUGGAGAUUUGCUGUAAAGCAGUGUGGGACCCGUGAGCAGCUGUAAAAUCUGUGUCCUCGGCUUCAAAUGCUUUCCUAUUCAAGCUUGAAGCAUUGGAAUCAGUAUGUCAGGCAUGGACAUUCUGUAUUUGUCAGGUGAUCCGUAAUUAUGAUAUAUUUGCCUCAAUCAAUAAAAGCUGAUGAAAUGGAAA